GGCCAGCGGAAGUUUGGGGGAUAACAAGACCGAGCGACUCUGAUCGAAUACACACAGUGAACAGUCUCCCCCGCUCGCUGACGGACGUGGUGGUUUUGUUUUCUUCCCGCUCCCGAAUGGUCGCGUUUUCGCUUUAGUACGAAGCUCGUUUUGUUUUGAGAUCGAAGCAUAUUCCUACCCGCCUAUACUCUUCGAGAAUGGACAUGUCCUUGGUACAUCGGUUUUAACGAGCAUGAACUCUCGCGUCAACGUUCAAGGCCCCGUCGGUCCGGACGUGUCUAGGUGACAACUAGUCACUGUGGUUCCGCUGUCGUCCGGUCGCCGUCGCGGAACACUCGCCAGCAGCCAUGUCCGUGAAGUUCGUGUCGGUCCGGAGUGCCCUGGUCCUCCUCGACCACCUCCUGAGCAUCCUGGUGGUGACACCUCUGGUGGUCGUCUACUGGCGCGGCCUCUGGAUGCUUCUAGAUGCUCUGGUGCUCCCCGAGAGUCCUAUAGUCAGCGGCUGGGUCACGUUCAUCUGCGGCCAGCUGCUCAUGCUGUGGUUUCAUUUGAUGCAAGAGUCUCUUGAUGUCCUCGGAAAGAGUAACCCACAUCUCUUCAUGGUUGUCUCAAGAACUUACACCCAGGUGAUGGGCGUCGCCGUGAUCACACAGUGGCGCGGAUUGUGGCUGCUUGUGGACCUGUACACCGACGUGAACCUUCCGUCUGCGCUGAGCUCACUGGGCGUGGGAGUGGCGGGACUGGUGAUCGCCGGAUCACUGAGCACGGUGCCCAAUGCACCGCCGUUCGUCUUUCUACCGGACAUGCAGGAAGACUACUUCAGCUGCCCGUCACGGUUCAACACAUCGCCUUCAAAGGCCCUGUGGCCUUUCUUCUGGGACAACGUCCUGACGGUGGCGGUCUUCCAGCCGCUUCUCAUCAGCGCUUGGCGGGGACUCUGGUCCCUUCUGGAUAUCAUCCAGGAUCCCGAUGACCUCGAACGCUCCGCCAGGAUGUCCCUCUUCUCCGGAACCCUCGUGACUCUACUCCUCUUCGUGUCCCAACCGCUGGCCGCCUUCAUAUCCCGUAAUCUGGGUCGGGUCUGCAGACGAGUCUUCGAGGGCAUCUGGAACCUGGCCGCCACGUACGCGACCAUCGCCGUCUGGCGCGGCAUCUGGAUGAUCACCGACGAGUACCUCGGAGAAGACGUCCUAAGUUACGCGUUUGCCGCCGUGGCGAGCAUCUGUGUUCUGCAGACCUUCUACGGCGCGAACACCGUUCUCACCAGGGGUGUCAUCGUGGACGGGGACAAGGACGACGGAUCUGAGGUUUACUUCUACGUGGACUUUCUGCCCCUUUUGGUACCCGAAGACGACAAGAAAAUAAAAGGAGACUACAUCGCGGUCAAAAAGAUGCAUGAUCCGGCUUUCGUGUAGGAAUGGCGGUACGCGUACAACAACGACCCACGAAAGCCACUGGUGGAUGACGACCGAGUGCGUACAUGGCUUCGAAUGAGGUAGCAUUAGCGCCACUGUGCUGGUCUUACUACUGAACGCGUACCUUCUGCAGCAACAUAUUUCGGACCGCCGAGGUCUUCUCUUUUAAGAACAAGUGGAAAUGACCAGGUGGUGUGAGGUCGUCAUGUACUCAAGCCCUGUAUCUUCAGGCUGGCAAACCGUUUAGUACAUACGUGGCUAGGUUCAUAAGUGUGCAAACCCAAGGAGUGAGUUAUAAACUAGUCUUCCGUCAUUGCGAAUAUGCAAUCAUUAGUGAUGAAACAAUUUUGGGGAAUUUACUUCCUUGUAUAGUCACAAUCUACGCAUUGAUACAGGAACUGGUUGCGGUUUUCUGACGUUUACCCAGACUUGUACGGUGUUCAUAACAAGUAAUAAAAUUACUUGUAAUCGA